AUGGAUCUCUUUAACGAUCCUCUGAUCAUCACCGUGGCGGGUGCCUCACGAACACUCGACGCGGGGCCGUCCGCCGCCGCCAGCGCCGGCGAGCCCCCGGCGCAAGUGCUGAUACCCCCCGGGCUCCAACACGUGUUCCAGUCGGUAGCGCUGUCAUCAGAGUCCCCCGAGCUCUCAGUGUCGUCACUGAUUCGCCGGUACCAGUACACUGUCGACGAAUUGAUGGAAUUACGCCACUCCGCUGAAAUUCCCGAUAUGCUGGCGCAGUUACCCGAUAAGCUGUUCUGGCGCAAAAAGGCACCCGAAUUCAAACGGAAAAAGCGACAAGACCCGCCUACUCAGGCCCUGGCUCAGUCCCAACACCAGCUGACCCAGCCGUGGGAGCGGGGCGAGCGCCACGACCGCCGCCACCCGAGACUGAAUCUCGACUCGUUGCUGGCGGAUAAGAUCUCUAAGUUAUUGGGCGAGAACCCCAACGAACAGGAACCCGAAUGGGACGUGUCCCUUGAGGAACUGCUGCUGACAGCGUUCAAUAUGGGGCUGACAGUUGAAGACUUCGAGAAGUGGAAACAGUUGAUGCGCCAGGAAGAGUUGCGCAAAGCCGGCAUCGAAGUGGACUCGGUGGCCGAAUCGUCGCAAUUCGCCGAGGAAGCCGAACACAAGGCUAAUGAAGUGGACACGUUCUUCUCGUUCGUUAAGCCUACGGAACUGAAACCCACUGCUAAAGCCACUACUACCCCUGCCAGUGAAGGCCGCAGUCUGCGGUUCUCAUCAUUCUUCACUGGAGCUGCUAAUAACCAACUGGCAAACCUGCCCAAGCCGGCAUCGCCUGAAACUCAAGCUACUGCCGCCGCUGCUGCUGUUGGUGGCCACCUGCGCUUCUUUGGCUCGGCGCCACAACAACCGUCGCCAGCUCCUCAAUUUGCUCGUUCUCUGCUGUCCAGUCUGACUAUCGUCCCCCCUCCUGGUUUGCCUCACCCAAUGGCCAAACAACUGCUGUCCGGUGACAUCCCCCAAUCCCACCCUCAACAUCAACAACAACAACAUCAACAACAACAGCAACAGCAGCAACAAGUGCCUCAAGGUCCUCCUCAAUCUCAACAACCUCCCCAGGCUCAGCAAGGCUCCCAACAACAGGCUCAAGGACGUCACCCUCAAGGUCACCAGGGUCACCCGGGCCCUCAAGGUCCUCCUGGCAUGCCUCCUCCAGGUCUCAUGGGUAUUCCUCCCCAACUCAUGAUGGCUCCUGGUCCUCCUGUCCCCCACCAACAACUGCAACAAAACGACUCGUUCUUUAUGUCGUUACUUAACAAGAAGGACCGCGAUGGUUCUGAGCCGAAUCUGGCCGCCCUGACGCCUCAACAGGCUAAACCCUCUGUUGACAACAACAACACCCACAAGCCACCGCAAUUACAAACCAACCCUGGCCCCAUCUACCCUGGCCAGCUGCCGUCAACUCAACAAUUCCAACAGGGCCAGCAACAGUCACAGGGACCUCAACAACCUCAGGGACCUCCUGGUUUGCCUCACGGGCCUCAAGGACACCAGGGUCCUCCUGGUUCCGCCCAAGGACGGCCGGUGCCUUACCCUGGCCACGCGCCUGGCCACGGCCCUAACGGGAUGGUAAUCCCUCCCUGGAUGAAGCAACAGUUCUCACGUGGUCCCAUGGGUCCUGGAGGCCCUCAGGGGAUGCCGUUCCCGCCGCCACAACACCCUGGCGGCCCCAACCAAGUCCCUCAAGGCCACGCUCCUCCCGGUAUUGGUCACCCGGGGAUGAUGCCUAACGGCAUGCCGCUUCCUCCGGGGAUGGCGAUGCCGCAAAGAGGGAUGCCGUUCCCCCCUCCUCAGUAUAUGGGGAUGCCACCGAACAUGCCUCCCCAAGUUCGCCAGAUGUCGGGAGGACAACACCCCAUGCCCGCCCAGGGCCAGCCGCUGACGGACCAGUCUGCCAACCAAUGA